GACCCACCCACACUCAUACGCUGAGGUUAAAAACCCCACUGUGGACAUCUUAAGAGUUGAGAGGUUAACUGGUAACGAGAUACCAGAUUGCUGAAUGAAUGUCGCUUCUAUGACUUACCGGUUCGUAGAGCAAACUAAUGUCUGUGUGAGAAGGAAGAGCAUGUUCUGUCUCAUUGGCUCAACAGUAAUGUAAUCUGAUGUUUUGGCAAAGGCAAGAAGAGAAGACAUCAAACCACAGCCCAACUGAAGUGGCGUCACACAAUAUAAAAUACCGAAGAGUCACACAGUUGAAAGUUGUCUGACAUCAGAUAUUUCUUCAACUACCCGUUUGCCCUCUGAUAAAGACGUUCACUAUGCCUUUGUACAUCCAUGCCUUGGCGUGUGCUUUCGGUCUGGGCUCCUGGGUGUCCAUUAAUGGCUUGUGGGUGGAACUUCCUCUGAUAGUCAAUGUCCUGCCAGAGGGUUGGGACUUGCCAUCGUACCUCACAGUCAUCAUUCAGCUUGCCAACUUCGGGCCUUUGCUGGUGACCCUGGCGCACAAAUUCUGUCCUGGAAGACUACGUGAGAAUCUCGUCAUCUAUGCGGUCCUGUCAAUCGGUGUUGUAGCCUGUGUCCUACUGGCUGUGUUUUGGAAGAACACCACCACGAUCCUCGGUCAACCGCAUAGCACAGCAUUUUUCAUCCUCACAUUUUUUCUCGCUCUAGUCGAUUGCACCUCAUCUGUCACCUUCCUGCCAUUCAUGAUGCAACUUCCAGCCAAAUACAUCACCACAUACUUCAUUGGAGAAGGUCUGAGCGGUCUGGUUCCAGGCCUGGUGGCGCUGGCGCAAGGGGUUGGAAUGUCAAAAUGUGUCAAUGUGUCGCACGUGUCGGAUAACUUCACAGACUCUGAACCUCCGACCUUCAUUGUGGAGACGCAGUACCUCCCUCCCAAUUUCUCCACUGAGAUCUUCUUCUCUUUCCUGGCCGUAAUGACGGCAAUAAGCUUGGGUGCCUUCCUCAUAUUAAACCGUCUGCCUCGCACCUUUGAACUAUCCACUGAAAAUCUCUUCCCGGACUCAGAUGCCGUAGCAACAGUCUGCAGUGGUUUGGAGGGCCCCAUGGACCCCAAUCCAAAGACAAACAGUCAAGAGGAAGAGGAAAAGAAGCAGAUCAGAGUGCUACUUCCUAAACCGCUGCACUCCGACUAUCAGCUGGCGUUCAUCUAUUUUAUGGUGGUGUGGGUGAAUGGUGCAACGAACGGACUGCUGCCCUCAGUGCAGACGUUCUCCUGUAUGCCUUAUGGAAAUAUGGCCUAUCACCUGUCAGCCGCUCUGUCGGCGGUAGCCAAUCCAGUGGCGUGCAUCAUUGCCAUGUUUUUCCCCAAACGUUCACUAGUGUUUCUGGGCAUCCUGUGUCUGCUGGGGUCUGUAUUUGGAGGCUACAAUAUGGCCAUGGCUGCCAUGAGUCCCUGCCCAUUACUCCAACAUACACCUCUAGGGGAUGCUAUUAUAGUUUUGUCAUGGGUUUUCUUUACUGGCCUGCUGUCCUAUGUGAAGGUGAUGGUAGGUGUGAUUCUGAGGGACCGGAGUCACAGCGCCCUCGUGUGGUGUGGAGCAGCAGUGCAGACAGGAUCUUUGUUGGGCUCCUUCAUUAUGUUUCCCCUGGUUAACAUCUAUCAUCUAUUCCAGUCGGGGGACGUUUGCAACACCAAAUGCCCAUUAUAAUAAGAGUUUAAUACGACUAAUAGGGGAAUGAACUGCUAACUCAUUUUCACAUCAUAGCUGAGCUAAUGAUGGUGAUAUAAUGAACUAACAUUUGGCACUUCCUUGCUCUUUUCUUUUGUUUUCACAUUAAUUUAACAUUUGUACAUUUUUUUUUUAUAUAUUAUUGUGGAUUAUUAUUUAUGAUGUUGUGAGUUUUUGGAAACAUUCACAAGUGUUUCUGAAUCAUUUGUGGAUUACUGGUAUGUUGU